AUGCGGAGAAAGCUAAUUGCCAGUCGAUUUAUCAACAUCUUUCUAUUGGCGGUUCUGUGCUAUUUAAUAUUUAUUUUUCUUUUCGAUCGCAACCAAGACAUAAGUAUAAGCGAAGUGACCCAGAUUUCAAUCAAUGAAGAAGAUGAAUUAUUUAUCAAUACCACGGGAUGUCGAAUAAGUUCGACGGCAGCGCUUUCGGAAUUUGCAAAGAACUUUAUGGAUCCUAUUGAACCAAUUGUUUGCCAAAUGGCGCAGCUGAUGAUAGCCGAGACUGUGGGAGGUAGAAAUUAUCUAAAGCGAAACAUAUCAGAGUCUGGACUUUUCUCUUGUUGUCGAGUGAGGCGAUGGAAAGAUGUCUCCUGCAUAUAUCGGGAGUUUUUGAGGGUUGAUGACGCACAUAACAGGUACAAAUCUUUUAUGUUUUUCAAGCUAAGUGAAAGAAUAAGAUACCUUGAGGUGGGAGCUGGUCAGCAAAAUAUUCGCACUUGGUGCUGGGUGGACUUUGGUAGGAUUAUUUUCCAUGAUGUUCUGUUCUUUCUACCACCUCCGCUCAAAGCUUCAAACUCGUCUGCCCUUAAGGAAAAACUAUCCGUGAUGAUCUUGGGUGUUGAUUCCAUUUCUCAUAUGCAUUACCUUCGCUACUUUCUCCAAGUGGCCGACUUUAUCGAGCACUUACCCUUACCCCACACCGAGUUCUGGGGCUAUAAUCGUAUUGCCUUAAAUACCUACCCCAAUCUAAUGCCCCUGGUAAGUGGUCUUAACGUUCUUGAGAUGGAGGAAUCUUGUUAUAACGGCAGACCAAACUUUGACAACUGCAGUUUUUUGUGGGAUGAGUUCAAGAAGGCUGGUUAUUUCACCAUCUUUAGUGAGGAUACUGAUACAGCUGGACUAUUUAUCUACCGUAAAAAGGGUUUCAAAAAGCAGCCCACCGAUAUCUACAUGCGUCCUCAGAUGAUCGAAAUCGAAUCUCAUUCUUCAUAUCGCACGACAUUGGACCAGAAGUGCUCUGGCCAUCGCCUUUAUGGCGAUUUGUAUUAUGAAUUCGUCUUGAAACUAAUUCCACACCUUCGUGUUCCAUUUUUCUCAUUUUUGUGGAAUAUGGACGGCAUUCACGAUUAUUUCCCCUAUGCCAAGUUUGUGGAUAAGGAGUACUUGAAUAUAUUGACAAGGCUCUAUGAAGAGGGAGUGAUGGAGCACACCCUGAUACUCUUUAUGGGUGAUCAUGGCUUGAGGUUUGAUAAAUUCGCUCGAACUGCUCCAGGACAACAUGAAAUGUCGCAGCCGUUGUUAAUCGCCUUCUAUCCGGAAUGGAUGAAAAAAAAAUUCCCCCUAGCCAUGUCCAAUUUUCAGCGGAACGCCAGGAGACUAAUAACAACUUUUGACCUACACGAAACGCUGAAAGAUGUGGUAAAUCUAGAUCAACUAACCGAUGCCAGUGUGAAAAACCGAACGCUAUAUUUGGAAAAGAGUCGUGGGAUCAGCUUGUUCUUACCCAUUCCUGAGGGCAGAAAUUGCCGAUCCGUUGAAAUACCGCGACAUUAUUGCCUGUGCAAUGAAUUAAGUACAAUGUCCACCCAUAAAAGUAUCGUUCAAGAGGCUGCCCGCUUUGCAGUUGACAGGAUUAAUGAGUUAAUCAAGCCUUAUCCUCAGUGUCAAAAAUUAAAACUGAUGGAAAUUCGCGCUGCCUAUCAAGCAAAAGAUGAAACUAGAGGAGAUUACAAGUUAAGUCAGAUUUUGGUCCGCCUUAGAACAACGCCCGGAAACGGAAACUUUGACGCAACCAUUGUUACAACACUCCUAAAUGGUGAGAGGAAGUCUCUGAAACUGGGAGGUCCUGUGACCAGGACAGACAAAUAUGGCCAUCAGUCGUACUGCGUUCAAAACUACCGCAUUGAAAUGUACUGCUACUGUUUAUAA